AUGAAAUCACCUUUUCAACUAUUACCACAUACCAACAAACAUCAACAAGUCACUUCGUUUUCUGAUUCAGGUCAUACUUUGUCAUGGGGGGCAAGUCACCCGGAAAUACUCUCAGGUGAAUCACAUGAAGGACCAAUCAAUCCAGCCAGUGAAGACACUCGUACAAUUCUGUCAAACUUGUUUCAAGAGGUUGUGAGUGUUUUCCCCGAUAAGUUCCUACAUUUGGGUGGCAGUGUGUAUGACAGACAGUUGUGGCAAGAAGAUGCAGAGAUUCAAGAGUUUAUGAAGCAGAAUGGAUUUGACGAGGACUACAAUAAACUGGAGAACUACUAUUUUGAAAUGCUUGCAGGAAUCAUUGAGAAUAUUGGUGCAAAUGUACAGUCGACUAUCACACCGAUUGUGUGGCAGAGUGUAUUUGAAAAUGGUUAUCGCGGAAACACCAACACUGUCAUACACGUACACAAUGAGUCCGAUUGGCAAAAUCUUGUCAAAUCUAUCACAUCGUCUGGAUACAGAGUUAUAAAUUCAGCCUGUUGGUCGAAUCUGAAUGAAGCUGUUGUCACAGACACAAGGAAGUUUUACGAAUGUGACAUAUCACAAUUUGAAGGUAAAUCAGUGUGAUGUUAGAUAUUCUCUGAUUGAAUAUUGCUGAUAACUGACCACACUCAGCAGUAUUAGUAGCAGACAAACUAUACGUGAGUUAUCUUUCAGCGUGUAUAACUGGAUUCUAUCUUGAGGAAUAUUAUAACUGGAUUCUGAACUUGAAUACUUAUAAAGAAGUGACUAUCUAGUGAAGGAAAUUCAUCUUUACAAUGAAUAGAUCUGUAGUGAUGCUUCCCUUUUUUUAAUGAAUUAUACCUAAGGAGUGAUAUCCCAACUUUUCGAUUCUUA